CUGAUCUAUUCUGUAGAAUUUAUGCAGUUUGUCGCCACUUUAACUGCCAUGGCUCAUGGCUAGGGAGCACUGUAGUUUGGUAAGGAAGGCACCAACACUCUUUGGAAGAAAAGGCUAGAGAGCUUGUAAAACUAGAACUCCCAGGCUUCCAUAGCAUUAUGCCAGUUACACCCAACUGCAUUCAUAGAUUCAUAGUAUAAUUGAGUUGUAAGAGACCACAUGGACCAUCUAGUCCAACCCUCUGCCAUGCAGGAAAAGCACAAUCAAGCACCCCCUACAGAUUCAUUCUACAGUAGGCCAAAACUACAAAAUGAAGUUCAACAGGGACAAAUGCAAGAUACUCCACUUAGGCAGAAAAAAUGAAAUGCAAAGAUACAGAAUGGGGGACGCCUGGCACGACAGCAGUACACAUGAAAAAGAUCUUGGAGUCCUCGUGGACAACAAGUUAAACAUGAGCCAACAAUGUGAUGCGGCAGCUAAAAAUGCCAAUGGGAUUUUGGCCUGCAUAAAUAGGAGUAUAGUGUCUAGAUCUAGAAAAGUCAUACUACCCUUUUAUUCUUCCCAGAUCAGACCACACCUGGAAUACUGUAUCCACUUCUGGGCACCACAAUUGAAGGGAGAUGUUGGCAGGCUGGAAUGUGUCCAGAGGAGGGUGACUAAAAUGAUUUAGGGUCUAGAGCACAUGCCCUAUGAGGAGUGGCAUGAAGAGCUGGGCACGUUUAGCCUGCAGAAGAGAAGUCUGAGAAGAGACAUGAUGAUGGCCAUGUAUAAAUAUAUAAGGGGAAGUCAUAGGGAGGAGGGAGCAAGCUUGUUUUCUGCUGCCCUGGAGACUAGGAUGUGGAACAAUGGCUUCAAACUACAGGAAAGGAAAUUCCACCUGAACAUUAGGAAGAACUUCCUCACUGUGAGAGCUGUUCAUCAGUGGAACUCUCUGCCCCUGAGUGUAGUGAAAGCUCCUUCUUUGGAAGCCUUUACGCAGAGGCUGGAUGGCCAUUUAUCGGGGUGCUUAUUGGCAGAAUGCUGUUGGACUGGAUGGCCUACGAGGUCUCUUCCAACUCUAUGAUUCUAUGAUGAUGUGCUCUUAAAACAUAAAAUAGUUCAGUGUGGGCAUCCUCUUGUUCCUGACUGUAGGGUCAACUUUGAAUGGAGCAGAGACUUUUGUACUUUUAUAUUUGGGCUGGCUUUGAGCCAAUUGGUUGUGGUAGCUUGCUUCUUUGCUGCUGACAGCAGGAGGGGCGGGCAUCGUCUAAACGCCUGCUCUGACGCCACACCAAUAUAAGAUAAUCAUGUUUGGCCCGUGGUGCAGCUCGAAGUGGUUGUAAUCUGGUUAUGUUGUUCCUGCUUUAGCAGAAUCCCUCCUCUUUCCUCCUUUCACCUUUCUGAGCUCAUUGUGGGGAUCUUAGUGAGUGCAUCUGCAGAGCUUCUUACCAGUUUGGCCGCACAGAGUCCGGGAUAAACACCCAUCGUUUGAACUUCAUUUACAUUGACUCUGGGAGGAAGAAGGGGCAUGGGAAACCGACAAGAGUCUGGCAGCAAUGCAGCAAGUUUUGGAUAAUCUUACAGACCUGCCCCCAUCAACUGGAGCUGAAGAAAUAGACCUUAUUUUCUUGAAAGGAAUCAUGGAGAAUCCAAUUGUUAGAUCGCUUGCUAAGGCUCAUGAAAGACUGGAAGAUUCUAAACUUGAAGCCGUAAGUGACAACAAUUUGGAGUUGGUAAAUCAGAUUCUUGAAGACAUCAGACCAUUAGUAAACAAAGAUGAAAACAUUGCAGAGUUGGUUGGUAUACUGAAGGAGCCACACUUUUUGUCCCUCUUGGAAGCCCAUGAUAUUGUGGCAUCAAAGUGUUAUGAGUCUCCUCCCUCUAGUCCAGAAAUGAAUAAUUCUUCAGUGAACAAUCAGAUUGUACCAGUCGAUGCCAUUCGCAUCCUCGGCAUUCAUAAAAGAGCAGGAGAGCCAUUGGGUGUGACUUUUAGGGUAGAGAAUAAUGAUCUGGUAAUUGCAAGAAUCCUUCAUGGUGGAAUGAUAGAUCGACAAGGUCUUCUACAUGUGGGCGAUAUCAUUAAAGAAGUUAAUGGUCAUGAAGUUGGAAACAACCCAAAAGAGUUGCAAGAACUCCUAAAGAGUAUUAGUGGCAGUGUCACUCUGAAGAUCCUACCUAGCUACAGAGAUAAUAUUAUUCCCCAGCAGAUUUCUCUUCAACAAGAUGAGUUGCAUUCACUGGCAUCCAGUUCAUAUCUUUCUACCGAGUUUGUGUAUAAAGUAUAUGUAAAGUGUCACUUUGACUAUAAUCCAUACAAUGACAACCUGAUCCCAUGUAAAGAAGCAGGGCUCAAGUUUGCCAAAGGAGAAAUUCUUCAGAUUGUGAAUCGAGAAGACUCAAACUGGUGGCAGGCUAGCCAUGUCAAGGAAGGAGGAAGUGCAGGACUCAUUCCUAGCCAGUUCUUGGAAGAAAAAAGGAAAGCAUUUGUAAGACGGGACUGGGACAAUUCUGGUAAUAUGUACAACGGUCCAUUUUGUGGAACAAUAAGUAGUAAAAAGAAGAAAAAGAUGAUGUAUCUUACAACCAGAAAUGCAGAAUUUGACCGUCAUGAAAUCCAGAUCUAUGAGGAAGUAGCAAAAAUGCCCCCAUUUCAAAGAAAAACACUGGUUUUAAUAGGAGCCCAAGGUGUGGGUCGAAGAAGUUUAAAAAACAGAUUCAUUGUAUUAAAUCCCACAAAAUUUGGAACCACAGUGCCAUUUACAUCAAGAAAGCCAAGAGAUGAUGAAAAAGAUGGUCAAGCAUACAGAUUCGUGUCACGAGUAGAAAUGGAGACAGAUAUCAAAGCUGGAAGAUACCUAGAACAUGGAGAAUAUGAAGGAAACCUUUAUGGCACCAAAAUAGAUUCCAUCCUUGAAGUGGUUCAGACUGGAAGGACAUGCAUCUUGGAUGUGAACCCACAGGCACUGAAGAUAUUGCGAACAUCAGAAUUUAUGCCAUAUGUAGUGUUUAUUGCUGCUCCAGAAUUAGAAACACUGCGUGCCAUGCAUAAAGCUGUGGUGGAUGCAGGAAUUACAACAAAGCUUCUAACAGAUACUGAUUUGAAGAAAACAGUUGAUGAGAGUGCGCGCAUCCAGAGAGCAUACAGCCACUACUUUGAUCUGGUCAUUGUGAAUGACAAUCUGGACAAAGCCUUUGAAAAAUUGCAAACCGCUACGGAGAAAUUGAGGACAGAACCACAGUGGGUCCCAAUUAGCUGGGUGUACUGACAGUUUUUCCGAAGACGCGUAACUACCAAAUUAGGUUUACUGAAGCAAAUGUUAUACUGAGAAGACAUUGUACAGAGCUGCCAGAUACCGAGCAGCAUCCAAUGCAUUUUUAUUCUGUGUAUAUUCAGAUAAUGGUAUGCUAUUCCAAGUUUUUAUACAAAAUGUUGAAGGGAAAAGUGUACUUAAAUAUGUAAUUUAUUUUAAUUUUUCUAACUUUUUACAGAUAACCUUUCUAUUCAUAUCACAUGAAGGAAAUGCGUUGAAGCAUUUUUAUAAAUGUUUUUGAUUUACUACUUUGCCUUUAUUCAUCUAAGGAACUUUCCAGUCAUUCACUUAAACAUCUGGUCUUACAUUUUCACUGUGAUUAGGAGAAAAAAUACUUGAAAAAGGUUGUUUUUCAUAUAUAUAUAUAUAUAAAUAUAUAAAACUCUAUAUAAAUCAAGUGUUUCAUCUGGUCAGUUCCUCUUAAUUUUGGGGAGAUGUUAAUCUUUAUUCUAAUAAAUAUGUCAUUCUUCUUGAUGUAAACAAAAUUUUCAAUACUCAAAAACCAACCAGCACUGAGCCAUGUUACUGACACUUUUAUUUUGCUUAAUAUUCAUGUAUGCUUUGCAUUUGUCUUGUUUUAGACAGAUAUACUGUAGGGUUUUUUGUAUGUGCUACCUUUUUUCAAACACUAAAAGCAAUAUCUUGAAACUUCCCUCAGCAAAUGUUCUGAUGAGCCGGUGUUUCAGUACAUUAGAACAAGUAUUACUUUCUCAGAGAUUUAUGUAAUGUGCUUCAUUGUGUUUGGGAUCAUGGUGAAGUAGCCUGAAAGAAACUUAGCAGUUGGGGCUCAGCAUGUAGGAUGUUUGUGCUCAUUUGUGAAAAACAUUGCUUUAAAAAAUCAACAACUGGCUUUUUAAAUGAUGACCUUGCCCUGUGUUUGUAUAUCGUUCUGUGACUGGCUUUUAUUUUACACCAGAAUAUUUAUAAGCGAUUAUGUGUAUUAAUGAAAUGUGAUGUGAUUGGACUUUGAGCUGUCUGUUACAUUGUGUUAAACUGCUUUAUUCACCAAAUAGCUUGUGAAACUAAAGUUACUGUCAGAUGGUAAAAUUUAAUGUUAUUUAUAAGUAGGUUUACUUUUGUUUUACACUCAUGAUUUUUACAAUAUUCUUCCUUUGAAUAGAAAAAAACAUUAUUUUAGGCUCAUAUUGACUUAAACACUUUUGCUGUGUAUAUUCUAUUUAAUGAAUAUAGAUGCAAAUGGUCACGGGGACAAACUAGUCUAGUGACCCUAUUUUAUAUUAUACCUGCUGUAAAUAUACCCAUUGAUCCUAAUUUGCUAGGUGCCUGACUUGGUACAACCACCAGUUCAUUUAUUUCACCAUGUGAGGACAGGCACUUGGCGUUAGAAUUUAUUUUUAACACUACACUAAAGUAUCAUCUACAAGACGCCAACAAAAGGAGACUUCUUUAGAAAGGCUGGGAUCCUACAAAAAAGUUCCUUGCCCAUUUGGUUUUUAAGCAUUUUUGAUUGUGCACAAGAAAACAGGGUUUGGAUAGUUUUGCUUUAUACAGAGAAACGAUGAGACACCAAAAGGUAUUAUAGAUUUAAAAACCUUUAAGGUAUUUUUUUAAAGACUUAAGUAUAUUUUGUCAAUGUUAUGCAGAUUAUUGCAUAUCUUGUCUUAAUUGCUGUUGGUACUUAGACUUUAGCUUUUAACUAUCAAAUAUUUUUAAGAAACUUAAAACUUUUGUUGCAUUAUAUCUGUAGAUAGCCUGAUCUUCAGCGUUUGACAAGUGUACGCAGCUGAGUAUGAAGAGUCAUUUUCAUGUGUGGUAUCCAGAAUGAUAAUUUAAAACAGGGUAGGCAAAGUGUGGCUUGCAAGGCAUGCCCAAGGGGUUAAAAAUGUGAAGAGAAAUUGUUCCGAAAUGCCACAAAUGAUUUUUGGGAGCAUGAAGGGCAUUGCGCCACUGGUACCCCCUUGGGAGUAAAUUGGAAUUUUGCAAAAAACGUCCUCAAAAAUUGCCUAAGUGCCCUUUAGGUGCACAGGAAUACAAUCCUUACAAGGCUUUAUGGGGCAUUUGAAGGCCAAAAAAAUUAAUUUAUCCCAGAAAGGUGGAGUGGAGAAUAUGGCUCACCAAUGUCUCCGAAGCAUCCUAAUCUUCCACAGUUGCUCAGCCCUGAUUUAAAUAUAUACUGUUCUUCAUUCUUGAUGCCAUUGUAGGAUUACUAAUAAGGUACGAUGUAAUGAUGACUACUUUUAUGGGAUUUUAAAAGUAGAAACGUGAGCGCAGCAACUUAUUGAACUUAUUGAAUCCUAAUUUAGAAUGUUAGCUCCUGUUCCUUUGUUUUCCAGUGUUUCGCUGGACAGCAUUCCAAUAGAUUCGGUGCUACUGCUUUUGGCCAGCUUGAGAAAGAGAGAGACUCAAGGUGAAUCAGUGUAAACCUGGAAUGGGGCUGCUCUCUUGCUCAGAGUCCAACUGAACUGCAUUUUUGUUUGGAAGGGAUGGAAUGUAAACAAAUUCUUAAUCCGAUCUACAUCCUCAUAGGGCCCUGAUUGGCUUCCACGAUUCUGCAACUGGCUAUUUUGAUUGGAACGUAGAAGCAAUGAGUGGCCAACAGACUUGAUCAGAGGAAAUGCAAUGAGCAAUUAACAUGAAUUUAAUUGUGUUAUGAAGCACACUACCCAAGCUCUGAAUACAAUGGUGUCAUCCAGGCUGUAGAAGGAAAACGUAAUAGGAAACUAGUGCUUUUCUUAUUGGCUGCGUAAAAUCUUAGUACAACUAGGUUGUAAGUCCACAGGGAUCAAGCAAUCUCUCUUGAGAUGCAGUUUUCACGUGGCUGUUCUCUAAAUACCAUGAAAGAACUAACUGAAUUUUCUCCUUAGCAGCAAUAGCCAAACCAGCACUUGGUUCUUUACAUUGACGCAUGAUAUUCAAGUUGGUGCAUAUGAACAAACCAUUUGAGUCACUGCCAUUACUUAGCAGGAAGCAAGUCUAUGCCAAGUAUAUAACAGUAUUUUACAUAAAAAUCAUGCCUUUGCAGAAGAACCCUUUUGUGAACUGUGAUGCCAAAGGAGGUUAAUCCAGGUCCUCCCUGAUUAAUACUUAAAAAUGAACUUUACAUUUCACACCAUAGUGCCACUAAUUCAGGUUUUGCUGUAUUUCUAUUUUGAAACACUAAGCAUGUGGAAUUUGAAACUUUUAGAGCAAAGUUUCCAUGUAUCAUCUUCUUGCCACCAUAAAGUGGGGAGAGGGAGAUCGCAGCCAAAAUUCUGGUCCUUUUUGUGGAGGACGGUGCCAUGGUGUUACAUUCAGUACAUACAAAGAAUGUAUUAAUGGAGGGGGGAGCUGUUCAGUAAUAACAGCACCAGCUUUGCAGGUAAACAUCCUAUGCUCAGUUAAUAGCAUCUCAAAUUAUGUCUGGAAAGGACUGUUAUCUGAACCCCUGGAAAGCUGUUGGCAUGUGCUUAUAGGGAAUGCUGGUUAGAUAGAACAAUAGCUUGAUUUGGUAUGGGAACUAGACCCAGAACCUUUUUCCUUUCAAAAGGAGUUAAGUAUGGUUUUCAUCUGUUUCAAUCAUUAAGGGAGAAAAUAAAAGAAUGGAAAUGCUUUCACUUGUAAUUUCUAGUAAAGUGUGAGCAUAUACAUAGGAAGAGAUUUCAAAACCACAACUAUAGAAAGGGUAUAAAGGUACUUAAAUAUAUAUUACUUAACAUGGCCACAUCUGCUAUGGUGAAACUACAUGUGGUCAUUUAUUACCUGAUCUAAACUAAAUAUUUAUGUACUGAAAUACACAUAGAUGUUUUGUAUGCCUGUAUAAAAAUAAAAGUAAAGAACUUUGUUUUAUGUUACUCUUUCUACUGGAUCAAGGGCUUGUCUACAGUGAUGAAAAAAUACAGUUGGCACUGCAUUGACCUUGCAGUGACUCCCUGAAUGUGCCCCGCACAACACAUGUUGUGAUGAGAUUGCCAUAACCAGCAAAUAUACAUAUAGGUAUACAUAUUUUCUGUUAAGCAGGGGUGCACUAAUACUAAAGCACUGAUAUGCGAGUAUCCGCAUAUGCAUUUUGUUAAGAAAAAAAAUCAACCCUGGAAAGGAACACUGGUUCUGCCCAUCACUAACCCCCCAAUUCAAUCCCAUACCUUGGAGGACCAACCUCACACCAAAAAUCUGGCUUUGCUUUAACACAGAGUAAAAGGAAAGAAUUUUUGAACAAGACUAAAGCCCAAAGAAGUGCAUUGCAAGUAACCAAUAAUAUCGUAGAUCAGGUGAGUAUGAUUUUUUUCUACAGUGUAGACAAGCCCAAAGCUUUAAGACACAAAGCAGGAAUCUGAAAUACUAUGGAUGCUGAGUGCAAUAAUUGCAAGUGGAAAACCCAUAAAAAGCCUCAUUUCUACAAUCAGUGUAAAAUGGGUUUGGAAUAAAAUUAUCAUUUCAUGGCAACUUUAUGAAUAUGAGCUGCAGGUCCCACUGAAUUCAUAUGUUCUAUUCUUUAACAUGUCAUCUUGAAUUCAGUGGGUGGUAUGUAGUUCGCCACAAUUUAAUAUGGGUACAUAAAGUUAGAUUCAAUACAUUUGCUCUCAAUUUUUCACAAAGUACUAAUUCAUACCACAAUGCUGAGGAUUUCAGAGCACGGUAUAUGUUUAUUUGUAUGCAUCCAGUUACUUGACUUUUCAAAGGAUGGAGCAGCUAUUAUUUAAAUAUUCUUGUCAAGUUUCAAAAAAUGUAAAUACAGUAUAAUAUUGUAAUUGGGGACAGUACUUUUAACAUAAUGAAUAGAAGGUAUCUAGUUGUCAGAAAGUGGGCAAUCAUUUGUCUAUAAGGAUGAAAUUAAAAGUGAUAGUAUGACAUAGGUAUGAGAAUGUACCCUUAUUGUUUUGGAUCAUAUGUAUUCAUACCUGUAUGUUUCGCUCUAGUCAAUACACUGGUUCCACGCCUAUGAUGUGGACUUGAAAUACUAAAUACCAUGAUCACACCAAAAGCAGAAAUCCUUUUUAAAAAAGUACAAGAUGCUGUUUGUGUUUUAUUGAUAUAAGUUGGGUAUGCAUGCAUUGAGGUUUUGUUAAAAUCCCAAUAAAGUAAACUUCCGCAACCUUGAAAAUAUGCCAGAGCAUUUUGCAAAAUAUUGUCUUUUGGUUACAGUAUCUUUAAUUUGGGUUCCUGAGAAGCCUUUUGAAAGGUGCACAGAGUAUUAUAAAAAUGAGUACAUUACAUGGGUUCUGCUGUAUGUCCCAGUGUGCUUGUGACCAGUUACAGAAAUUGAGAGACUGAAGUCAUGGAUGGGCAGGUUGUGAACUGCAAAUAUUGGAUUGCAGUAACUGUUAGCCCCAGCCAGCAUAGCCAAUGCUGUGAAAUACUGGGAGCUGCAGUCUAAUAAUUUCUGAACGUCCAGAAAUUGCCCACCCUUGCCUUAAAUUCUUAAUACACAUCAAAAAAAAUGGAACACAGAUCCUUUUCUUUUUGGUCUACUUGUUUUACUUAGACUUGGUGGCUUUGGUUUGUUGCUUGUGAACCCCUUGGCUUAGCUUUUAAGUUAAGAUUCUGUGUUUAAAGUGACUUUAGAUGCUGUAGGGAUUGUAGGCCAAGAUUCUCCAUCAUCAGAACUAUGAAGAUGGUUUUCUUGAAAACGCCUACCAUUUCAGCUUGACGGCAUCACAGCUGAAAAGUUUCCAAAGUGUUGCAGUUCAGAACACUGGAAAGUGAUGACAGAAGUUCUGUUCCAGUUGAUAAGUACAUUGAAAACCAGGAGCUUGUGGUCUUUUCACAACUAGGACAACACUGUAGAUGUAAUUUGCCAGUGCCUGAUCUGCAGUGCCAAGGAAGCCCUUUUGUUGAGGUACUGCAAGCUGAGAAGAUCUCUAAGAGCUGUAAAAAUAAAAAACCCAGCAGUUACAAGAUUGUAAAUCCACCUUCCAAUCUCAUAACUACUAAACUCAUAACUCCAUCACUACCAAAAUCUCAUAACUAUAACUACCAGCCAAAAUGUUAAAACUGGGAUACUCUCUUCUCACAUAGUUUGUCAUUCUAAAAUAAACGGCACAUAUAACACAAAACAAGUAAUAAUAAAAUAUAAUCUAGCUACAGGAUAAGUAAUAACUCCUGGUGAAAAUUUCAAUAUAAAUCUUGUCAUUGAUUUAUUUAUCUUUUUUCUAUAAACGACCGUACUUCAUAUGGGUUUAUUUGGCAGUUCAUUAUGUUAAGUAUCUUGUGGUGGUCUCCAUCAUUAAGCAGUGAAUUGCUUUUCAGCCUUUGGCAUGUAAGAAUAAAUUAUUCUAAGAGUAACCCCCCCCCCCAAAUUAAAUAGGACUAAAUUUGUUAGAUUUCAUGGCAUUGUGGCAGAGAUCCAUGAUCAGUCUUCAGGAGUUAGUGGUUUUAGCUGCUUUUGGUUUUAAGGACAAGAUAACUGUUUGAUUAAGGCUGAUGUAAAACAUCAAUUCUUACAUAUUAGACAAGCAUUAACACUAUUUUGCAUAAUAGUGGCAAGAAAAACAAAUGGUUCGUACUGGUAUCUGUAUUCAAGGUAAUGCAUAUUGGAUGCUACUGACAUGCCUUUUUCCUUGAAUUAUCCCUGCAAGUCCCAUUCAUUUUGUGUGGAUAUGUAGUAUUUCCUAUUUAUAAAGACUGGUAGAAAUGAGUACUAGAAAGGUUCAGGAUGUAGGGCUCUAUCAUGGUUAUACAGCUCAUUGCUUUUGAUUUUUUGAACUUCUGAGAUUGUUUUUGGUUUCUACAUAUGCAUUCAUGUCGACAUUAUUUGUGCAGUAUUUAAUGAAACAUUAGAUUUGGUUGACAGUAAAUCUAAGAUAUCCUUUGGGUACUGCUGAGCAUAGAAAAGCUUGUUUGUCUGCUACACGGAUCAAUUUAGAAUAACCUAAUGAAGGAUCAUGGAGAGAUUUAUUAGGUAACCCUAAAAAGUACCGUAAGAGCUAUUUGGCUAAACUAACAUUUCAGCUUCUGAAACAAAAUCUCUCUAAUGCUUUCUCACUGAAGUCACAUGUCAGUCUGUAUAAUUGUUGAAAUGUACAAAGCUGUGAAAUCCUGUUAACUCCUAAUAAAGUAUUUUUGUAUAUAUGAAAUAAAAAUUUAAUAUUGGGGGAAAAGA